UAGUAAGAUGUGCAAGCAUUAAAGAAUGAAUAGCAGAAGCCUUAAAGAAAUCACAGACUUAAAGUUUUGCCCAAGCGAAUUUUUUAUCGUUGACAAAAUUUAACAUUAUUGUUGCGCAUACGCAUACGUAUACUCUAUGAUCAGAAUAGAAAAACUAGAAGAGCUGUCUGGUUGAAUCUCUCUUUUCUUUCAGCGCAUAUUUCAUCCUUUUGUCUUACCUAACAACAAGAGCUCUUAAUUAGUAGAUACAUUUUGACAUAAACACACACAUUAUGGGAAACAGUGAAUCUUCACCUGAGGACAUGUAUGAAAAUAUCUCAGGCCAACCGGCUGUAUACAGUCAAUUCCCACAACACGCUACAAGCUCAAGAAAUGUUACUUACCACUCGAAUCAAACCCAAACUUCAGUUAAUACGAAUUAUAGGAAGAAAAAGCACUCUGCUUAUAUAGCUGACAACUUCAACUCUCUGGAUGAGGUUAUCAAUGCAUUGAGAGAGGCUGGUCUGGAAUCAUCGAAUUUAAUUCUCGGAAUUGAUUUUACGAAGAGCAAUGAAUGGACAGGAAAGUUUUCUUUCAACAGGAGGAGCCUUCACGCAAUUGGUAAUGUACGAAACCCUUAUGAGCAAGCUAUUUCUAUCAUUGGAAGAACUUUGUCUCCCUUUGAUGAGGACAAUUUGAUACCUUGUUUUGGAUUUGGUGAUGCAACAACACAUGAUGAAUACGUAUUCAGCUUUUACCCCGAUCAUCGACCUUGUAAUGGAUUUGAGGAAGCCCUUGCACGAUACAAAGAAAUUCUUCCACAUUUAAAUUUAUCAGGGCCAACCUCAUUUGCACCAGUAAUUGAUGCUGCACUUGAUAUAGUGGAAAAGAGCCAUUUUCAGUAUCAUGUUCUUGUUAUCAUUGCUGAUGGACAGGUCACUAGAAGCCCUGACACGUUACCUGGAAAGUUAAGUCCACAAGAACAAGCCACCAUCGAUUCUAUCGUUGCUGCAAGUGAAUAUCCACUAUCAAUCAUUCUAAUUGGUGUGGGAGAUGGGCCGUGGGAUGCAAUGCAAGAAUUUGAUGAUAAUAUUCCUCAGCGUGCAUUUGACAAUUUCCAGUUUGUCAACUUCACGAAAAUCAUGUCCGAACACACUGAUACUGCCAGAAAAGAAUCAGCUUUUGCCCUGGCAGCUCUAAUGGAAAUUCCACUUCAGUACAGAGCAACAUUGAAACUGCAAAAUAAAGAAAAUUUAAAUUCAGGUCCAAGGACAAAACCUCUUCCUCCACCACGUGCUGUAAUCGACAACGAUAAUGCUAAGAAAUCGCGCCCAAAAGUAGCAUCCUCAGAACCAACAGAAUCAGGACCAUCACCCGAACAAGUGUGCCCCAUCUGCUUGACAAAACCCAAGGACAUGGCUUUUGGCUGUGGCCAUCUGGCAUUGGAUUAUAUAGAGGUUUCAGAGGAUCGCAUUCAAUUGUCAACGUAUAUCCUUUUGUGGUUAUGGAAGGCGAGGAACAUGUGGGUUUUUGAGAAAAUUUGGCAGCCGGAAUGGUGGAUAGUAAAGAUGGCUAUGCAGGAAUGGCUAGAUCAUAAAGCCGAGUUCUGA